AUGCAUGUGUUUAGCACACAAAAGACCCACUUAGGGAAGCUGGGGUGAAACAGUCUUCAGGCUUCCUACCACCUUCAAGUGGCAGAAGGGACUAGACUCCUCUGGAUAGUGGAUGAAAUGCAAAGGGGACAAGAAUGGUAGACAAAAGGCCACGGUGGGCAUCAAAGAGCUUGAAGGGUUUUGGAAAUGCCGGGUCUGGAGAGUUGGUCAAGGUGCUGUUGCCUUCCAAACCAUACUCAGAGAAACAGGCUGGAGCCACGAGUCCUGGGCGCGUUUUCUCCUCGAGUUUGAGAGAAAAGGCUGGAGGGCGGACCUCUGGCCGGGUCUUGACCUCCCCACAUUGGGGACUCUGGGGUUGAGGAUUUGUCCGGUCAGCUGCGCUAAAAGUGGGUGGCAGUCGCUGUGGUCUUUCUGCACAUUACGCUCGCAUUUCUCUGGCCUGGGGCAAGAGGUCUGUGCACAGCGGGGGAACAAAUUGUCCACUCCCUCGGCCCUGGACUAGGCGGGUAAGCAGACACUAGGAAGGGGCGGUGGCUCGGGGGCAGUGCCGUGGCUCCGCUCCCGCCCCUCUUGGCCGGAGGUGGCGCCUCCCCUGUGGCGGCGGCUAGAGUCUGGAGGUGGGGUCGGGGAGCUGGAACCUGGCUCUGAUGUCACCGCGCGGCCGCGGGCGCCCAGGAGCGCAUCUCCGGCUGGAGCUUCAGGACUCACGCAACCAGUUCGCUCCUUCUGCACAGCCAUGGAGGCCCUGGGUUCUGGGGACGACCGCGCCUCCCCAGCCUCAUCCACACGAAGCCUAGACUUACGGCGACUGUCCACUCGCGCCGACUCUGCCUAUAGUUCUUUCUCAGCUGCCUCUGGUGGCCCUGAGGCACGCACACCGUCACCUAGCACGCCUUACCUAGACUGGGAAUACGUGCGCGUGGUUUGGGGCGGCCCGUCCCCCGCCCCGCCGGACGCCGAUUCUCCCACAGCGCAGCGGCCCCGGCCAGCUGUUGCCGCGUGCUGUGGCCCACGGCCCCCAGAGGUCCAGGGAACCUUGGGGCCACUCAGCAGACAGGCCACCCCGCUGCUAUACGCGCUGGCGGCGGAGGCUGAGGCCGGGGAGCGGGCAGCCGAGCCACCCAGCCCGCCAGCCUCCCGGGCCGCCUACCGCCAGCGAUUGCAGGGCGCGCAGCGGCGUGUGCUCCGGGAGACAUCCUUCCAGCGCAAGGAGCUCCGCAUGAGCCUGCCCACCCGCCUGCGGCCAGCUGUCCUCGCGCGGCCCCCCACUGCGCACCCGCGUUCCGCCUCGCUUAGCCACCCGGGCGGGGAGGUGGGCUCCGUGCGCUCCCGGGCUCCCGCGCCAGGAACCCCUGGUCCGGGGCGCCUCGCCGAUCAGCAGCGGAAAUGGUGCUUCUCAGAGCCAGGAAAGUUGGAUCGCGUGGGUCGGGGUGGUGGGCCGGCGGGGAAAUGCUUGAGUCCUGAGCCCCGGGAGUUGCAGCGUGGGGCGUGGGCUGGGGCCAAAGGGUUGCCGGAAGCCCAACGCCCAAACGCAGGGGAGCUGGACUCCCGGUCCAUGAAGCUCGGCGAUGCCUGUAGGUCUGCCAGUCGAAGUCAGAGCGCUUCUGGAGACGUCUUGGGCCCCUGGAGAAGUCCAGGAGGGACCAGAGCCACUGUCCAGGCUGUUUCCCAAGCAGCAGAAAAUCCCAGAUCGAUGUUUCAGACCAAACUUUCCAGCACGAAGAAUUUCCUUCCUGGUCACUGUGGUCAGUGGGGGAUCCCUGCCUCCCAAUUCUUGACUCAGAAGGAAGCUGCACUGAUGCAUCCUGCAGAGGACCCCCAGAGCAGCCCUGCCAAGUGUGAGCAGAGGGUCUCAGAGAUCUACAUGGAGUCUGCAUCUGCUUGGCUUCCCUCCCUUCCUAAUGAUGAAGUGUUCCUUGAAGAAACCCUGCAUGUCGGAAUGAGAUCACCUCCAGACUCCCAUGUCCCCCAGAGAUUUCCAACCAGUGUCUGUGCCUCUGACCAGCAGUGUGGAACUGGCUCGGGCCAAAGGGCUAGCCAGGCUUCAGUCCCCCCAGAGUGUUCCCUGCACAAGUGUCCAGGGACUCCAGGGGCAGAUGACUGCUGGCAGGAGAUGAAUGGUUCUGUGGGUAUCUGCAGGCCCACAAGCUGUACCCCCCCUGGGACUGCAAAUGGUGACAUCUCAAUUAUUGACCCCAGUGGACUGCUUACUGUUGACCACCCUGCAGUCGAUGUCCUGGGACCUUCAGGCAAUGGUAACCCAGGGUCCCCUCACCACACUUCCCUGGCCUGGGGUACUGGCCAGCAUGGUUCCAGGCCAACAUGGCCAGGUCAACGUCUUGAGGAGCUGGUUCAGGAGCUGGCCAGACUAGAUCCCUCUCUAAGUGACACUCUUGCCUCCCAGCCAUGCCCAGAGCCACCCCUGGGCCUGCUGGAUGGGCUGAUUCCUUUAGCAGAAGUCUGGGCUGCAAUGAGGCCAGCCUGUGGGGAAGCUGGGGAGGAGACUGCUGGUGCUUCUGAGCCAGGCUUUACCCAGCUCCUGCCAACUUCUCAGAAAGAGAUACGGCCUGAAAACUCUCCCUCCCAUCCUGUGCCUGACCGUCCUAGUGCCCAGGGACUCCCUGCAUCAAACAACAGCAUCCAGGCCAAGAAAGUGGAGCUAGUUGGCCUUCUCCAAAAGAUGCUGCAGGACCUUCACGUCCAGGAGGAGAGGCUACAAGGUGCGGCCCAAGAGUGGACCAGACGCAGGGUGGCUCUGGAAUCCGUAGUGGGCCGGGUCUGUGCGCCCCAGGAACUGGAGCGGUUCAGCCGGUUCAUGGCCGACCUAGAGCGCGUCCUUAGCCUCCUGUUGCUGCUGGGCAGUCGCCUGGCCCGUGUGCACUGUGCCUUAGCCCGGGUGGACUCAGAUGGUGACCCCGACGAGCAGGCCUCUCUGCUGCAGCGACUUGGGCUUCUACAACGGCAGCAAGAAGAUGCCAAGGAGCUGAAGGAGCACGUGGCACGGCGUGAGCGCGCCCUGCGUGAGGCGCUGGCGAGGGCACUGUCUGCGGAGGAGUUGCGUUCUUACAGUGAGCUGCUGACAGGCAAGGCCACCAUUCUGGCCCAGCAGCGCAGCCUGGAUGAACGUGUCCGGCUCCUUCAGAACCAACUAGACACCCUUGGGAGUGACUUCAGCCAUCGUCCCCUUUCUCCCAGGCGGUCCUGGACCCCAGGGACCUGUCCUCGGGAUAAACCAUCCUUCCUUCCUUCCUCUAUCUAGUUAUAGGUGGCAGGAUGGGGCACUGCCCCUGCCUCACCCACACAGCUGGGGCCAUGCUGGAUUAUUGGGUGCUUUCCCUUGAGGAAGCCAGAGGGGACCCAGACUGGUUGCUUUCCCAGGCUACUCCUUCCCAGGGUUCUCAUGCGACCUUACCCAAGUCUCGUGGUUAUUGGGCAAUUAAGGAUCUUAAAAACAGCAAUAUUCCCCAUUAUUGUGAAGAAAGGGGCUCAGUUAGGGUUGGUUGGAGAAAGAGGAGACAAGUCUGAGGAGCACUUCAAUUUAAGAUACAAAAUGACCUUUUAUUUUAUUUUUUCAAUAAAAGUUUCUAAUAGAGUGUGUGUGUGUGUGUGUGUGUGUGUGUGUGUGCGUGUCCAUCCUGCACACAAAUAGAGAAAAGAGGGAAGGGAAGGGGUCUUGUUUACAAAUGCAUCUACCAGAGAGUGGAGCUGGCCCACCCCUGUAAUCCCAGCUACUUAGGAGGAUGAGGAAGGAAGAUCACAGCUAAAGGUCAGUCAGGGCAACUUCUGUCUCAAAAUAAAAAUUUUUUAAAAGCUGAGGAGGUA